AUGUCAAACGGCUCUAACGAUCACACCGGCACUUCCCACGACCUCAACAACGAGUACAAAGCGUUAUUGGAGGAGUUGCACGUGCUGCAGGCGGAGUGGCACAGUGCGGCGUCACGUAAGGCGGAACUGGAGGCAUCUGUCGCCUCGGCUACCGCACAGAGCGACGCGGUGGAGCCCAUUCGUUGUCGUCUUUUUGAGUUGCGGAAGGAAUGUGCCUUGCUUAACCAGCGGAACGAAUUCCUUCAGCUUCAGAUAGAUGAAGCGAAGGAGCUUUACAAACGUGCCUGUGGAGAAUCAUCUGUUCUCGUCGGGGAUGCUUUAGAGGAGAAGGAAAAGUUGGAAGAAGAGUACAUGCAGGUGAUGCGUUUUGUUGACCAGUUUGACCCAAACCUUCAGGAGGACGCGGCGCUGCUGAGGGCUGCCCUUGCGGAGCAGCGCGUGGAGAUGCGUGUGCUGCAAGAGAUGCUGGAUGCCGUCAAAGAGCCCAUCGUGUCUGAUUACUUUAGUGAGCCUCUGCAAAAUUUCGGUGCGCUUCUCAGUUCACAUCCCAACCCCUGCGUGGAAAUUCAAAUGGACGACGUCUUCAUCCCGGUGCCGCACGGAAGACUGCGAUUGCUUACCGGCCCCCGUGGCGAUGGUCUGCAGCAGCUGCGGGACCGGCAUAAGGUGACGGCAUCUGUCGUCUGCUUUAACGAUAUGGUGGCGGUGAGGCUGCGAGGGCACAAGGCAGGCGUUGAAAACUGCGGAAAUGACAUUCGUCGUCUCUUGUCUCUUCAAGAAGAGCGGCAUGAAAUCCUGAAAGGGAAAGGGGAAAAGCAAAAAAAAAAAGAAGCAAAAAAUACGCAUACACAUACAAGCAGAAAAAAUUUCCCUACUUAUUUUGUAUCGUCUUGA